AUGCAGCAGCCAGUGGCUGGUGACAGGAGCACAGCUGUUCCCUCGCUGCAUCCGUCGAAGGCCAGCCUCACUGCUGACUUGUACUGUGCACACCGUCUCAUUGAGGAUCCCGAGUGGUCCCUCGCCACUGUCCCCCGCCUCACUGAGCUCUGCCUCCAGCACAUCGUUCACAAUUUCGAAAAGAACCCUAUUUUGGACCGUCUUCUGCCUGAACACCAAAGGAAGGUACUAGACAGCCUCCCCACUGGCCUUCCACUCGCCGUCACUGCCAACCUAAUAAGUGAUGAAGACUACUGGAAGAGGUGCUGCACCAAGCGCUGGCAAGUGUGUGACAUCUCCAACUAUGGAGGCAGCUGGAAACGGAUGUUCUUCGAACGUCACCUGGAGAACAUCUUGAAAUGUUUCAUCCCUAACACCACGGACCCCAACCAGGUCCUAGAGCUCAUCCCGCUCUGCAAAGACUAUAUUCGGAAACUGGAGGUUGACCAGUUCCUGCCACCGCUGGAGACAGAUCAAAAUGAGGAGAGGGAUGACCUCUCUAAGACAGAGAGUGAUAUGGAAUUCAGUGAGGUCUCCCUGCACCACUAUGACCUGAGAGUCCUCGUUACUGCUCUCCCUUGCCUUGAAGAGCUUCAUCUCACUUACGGUGUAAAGGACUGUGGCAUGAACUUCGAGUGGAACCUCUUUAACUUCACCUACCAGGACUGCUGCAACCUGGCUGUCACCGUGAAGAUGUGCCAGAACUUGAAAGUUUUGAAGCUGACGCAAAGCAAAGUGGAUGAUGACAAGACCAGGCUGCUGGUCCAUAACUUGCUGGAUCACCCCUGCCUGGUGGAGCUGAACUUGUCCCACAACGUCAUCAGGGACAAGGGGGCACAAGCUAUUGCCAAAUUGAUCAAACACAGCAAAUUAGAAACCCUCGACCUGUGUAACAACCAAAUCCAUGACCUGGGGGCUCAGGCUCUUGCUCAAGCCCUGGCUGAGAGCUCCACCCUGACCUCCCUGAACCUGCGCCUCAACUAUGUGGAGGACGAAGGCGGGGAGGCCAUCGGCUGUGCCCUGCUGACCAACGCCACCCUGAAGUCUCUCCAUCUGGGAAGCAAUAAGCUGUCAGAGCCAACCGCUGCACUUUUCUCCCAGGUCCUGGCUCAGAACACCACCCUGACGAGUAUCAACUUCUCAUGCAACCACCUGGGGCUGGAUGGUGGGAAGCAGAUGCUUGAAGGGCUGGCGGGUAACAAGGUUCUGACCGAGUUCGACCUCCGCAUGGCAGAGGUGGGCCAGGAGACCGAGUACCUUGUUCACCAGAUCCUGUGGGCCAACCGGGAAGCAGCGAGGCUGGAGUCCCUGCAGCAGCCCAGAGAGCAGUGAGCUUUGCAAGUGCACUGUUGGAGACUCUUUACAUCAGAGGCUUGUUUUCAUUUGUAUUUGUGAGACAUAUUCAACUUGUGGCUGCCACCACAGUCUUUCCCAGAUCCCCACCAUCCAACCACUGACAUAUUUUCAUAUAAGACAUUAGAUGUCAUGGGACUGUACUGGCAUCACAGAAGCAAUUUGCCUCUGGAGUCCUCUCUCCCACUGCACGCAAGACUAAAUCUCACCUCCUGUGGCAUUUCUUACAUGCUCCAGCAGCAAGCUUCGUUCAGGCAACUGGAUGUUGUUCCACCUGCACAGAGGUAAGAUGAAGUCUCCACAAUCUAAAUGGUCUAGUCCACACCUAACCUUCAGGGCAGGCUGCUCUUUUAGGCUUUUUGCUGAGGAGGAUGUGAGGUGAAUAGAGGAUAGAGGAAUAUUGCUUCUUGUUCCUCAGCAGCUUUUUCUGACCUUUGCUCACGGAUUUAUUCAUUUUUUAUAGCAAAAUCUCUCUGGAGCCUCAGAUACGGGUGGUGAAAAGUAAAAUAAAUAAAUAAAUCAAAUAAA